GUGUAUGUGUAGCAUUUUUCUUUAGAUGCAAUCUGAAGGUAAAGCACUGAAGCAUGCAAGUAUCAUCAAUCUGCAUAGCAAAAUUUGGAGUUGGCGUGAAGGCGCAGCAGCACGACACCACCGUGAAGAGGAAGUCGAUGGCGGAAGCCGCAGUUCCCAAGUGGGCUCAGAAGACUGUCAGUUUACCCGCCUAUAAGCGCGGUUGUCAUCUCGUCACUUCCAAGAUAGUGAAGGAAAUCGAGCAGGACCUGUCUGGAUUCAAGUGUGGCCUUGCUCAUCUCUUCUUGCAGCACACGAGUGCUUCUCUUACUAUUAACGAGAAUUACGAUUCUGAUGUUCGUGAUGAUACUGAAACCUUCCUCAAUCGAAUUGUUCCUGAGGGUUCAUCGGCGCCUUGGAAGCAUACUCUAGAGGGCCCAGAUGACAUGCCGGCUCAUAUUAAAUCAUCAAUGUUUGGUUGUGCACUCACGAUACCAAUAACAAAUGGAAAGCUUAACAUGGGAACAUGGCAGGGCAUAUGGCUUUGUGAGCAUCGGGAUCAUCCUUCUUCGCGAAGAGUUGUCGUCACUCUUAAUGGAAUAUGAGUCGCUGGCACCCAUCUGUUUUACUUGGCCCUUUUUGUAUGUAUGAUGAAGACAGACCUGACGUUGGAGUUUAUAGCAGGAUAUGUGUGUUGCAAUGCCUUUUUGUUAGAUGUAACUUGAGUAGCGUGCAAUGGAUGCAACUGUUAAAAUGAUCGGGAUCAUGUUAAUUUAUACAAGUAUUCCGAGUAAACAUUAUCCAAGUA